AGAGGCCAAACACAGUCUCCACCACCCCCAAAACCUCCAUCUCCUAGCUUUGAACUGGGUUUGUCUAGCUUUCCUCCGUUACCUGGCGCUGCUGGGAAUUUAAAGACUGAAGACCUUUUUGAAAACAGACUGUCCAGUGUGGUAAUAGGAACGUCAAAAGAAAGUAACAUUAAUGUGGAUGCAAGUACAAACACUAUCCCAUCGGGAAUUCCUCGAGAGCCAUUGUUGCCCGUUUCUUCUACAUUGCCCAGGACAUUUGAAAGGUCUCCUUCGCCAUCCCAGUCUUCUGAGGACUCCAAGGUUGUGGAUAAACAGCAGAGAGAGACACAGAGUACAGAAAGGCUUUCUUCUUCCACACUCAGUACUGCAUGUAAAUCGGUACAAGUCAAUGGGGCUGCCACAGAACUGAGAAAACCUAGUUAUGCAGAAAUUUGCCAGAGAACAACUAAGGAUCCUCCCACAUUGCAACCCCAGAAAGAACAAAAGUCAAACACUGUAGCAUGUGGGAAAGAAGAAAGAAAGCCCACAGAAACAGUAGAGAAAAACAGAGAACCUCCUCCUGCAAAGUCACAUCCCGGACAACCCAAAGACCAGAGGAGACAGUCAGGACGCAGAUCGUCCCCUCCAGCCGUUGGGAAACGCCUAAAUAAAGAACAGAGUACCCCUCCAAAAUCUCCUCAGUGAAACUACCACCUGGGAGGGAUUUGCAAAGAGGUCUGCUUCCCACAAAUUAAACCCAUGUUCCCACUAAGAUACCUGAGAAUGAGUUGCUGGUUAGGAGCUUGCAGUGAUACUAGGC